CAAUAAUUGGCCACCGAACUGCCCAACCACUCGAGGCUACAGUGCCACUCAUGAAGUCCCCGAGUUGGAUCUAUAUUCUUGCCACCCUUCACCCUGUGCCUCUUUAUUAUUCACCGGACCUCCAUAGUACACCUACCUUGCACCCACUCCGAUCCCCCUGCAGCAUAAAUCACCUGAGGGCAAGUGGGCAUGAAUCCAUCUACCGCAUCAUGCUCCCCACGCCUUAGUGCGACGCACUCCAAGCCAGAAACGAAGCGGAGACGUCUUACAAAGGAGUAUGUGCUACACUUCGACACCAUCGGACGCACUAGGGCGUCGCAUCUCCAUUUGACUUCUAGCACUCCGGACCCCUCCCU